ACCAGUAUUCUAUGGCAAAUAGUUUAACGAUAUUGGGCAGGAUUUAUUUGGCUUUUCAUCGAUACUGAUUCGAGUGAAUUUUUUUUCUCCCUGUAUCUGUAUUGUAGUAUUACAUGUAUAAUAAUAAGGACACUAUGCUCUUUUGUUCCAUGCUUCUGUAGUAAAUGUUCCCCAAGAAAUAUUUUAAUGGGAUCAAAAGGCACGAGAGCGUUACACGGAAUACGCCAAGAGGGGAACACAGACGGUCCAUCACGCCAGGGGGAUGAUUGUAGGAUGUGCUGGGGCGGGGAAAAACACGCUACUUCAACGUUUACUUAAACAAAGUGAAGAAGAGAUUCUGAAUGUGUUGUCAACAGACGGACUCGAGGUACACGAGGAAAUAUUUGAAGUUUGUAACGGAAAAUUGAGAGUUGAAGAAACUUGAUUCGAUAAACAGAAUCAAGACUGAGGAUACCACAGAAGCCAUAGAAAGUGACGUUACUAAAACAUUGAGUUUCUUUGACUUUGGAGGACAGUGUGGGUACUACGCCUGUCACCAGAUUUACCUGACCAGGAGAGCUUUCUAUGUUGUGGUGGUGGACGCCUCUAAACACAUGGACCAAAUAGUAGAUAAGAGCAAAUGUGAUCAGGUGGACACUCUGUUCACUGACUAGACUUAUAAAGAUUAUUUUCAAUUCUGGCUGAAGUCAAUUCACACCUAUUGUUCUAAGCAAAAUGAAGAGAGAGAAAAUGUUGAUGUCAUGAUAGUAGUAACGCAUUGGGAAAACAGUAUCAAUAUGGACGAAAGAGCCUUUCUUGAAAUCCUUCAUAACGCAUUGCCAUCUCAUUCAAAUCUGGGGCAAUAUAUAAGAGAUGAGUCUUUGUUUUAUACACAAUUUCCAGUAGAACCAUUAAGAGAUAUCGAACAAUUUAUUGUGGACCUUGCAAUGUUGAGUAAAUGGAGCGAAAAAAUACCUUAUGAAUGGAAGUGUUUAAAUCAGGAGAUAUCGAGCAAACGGUCCAUUAAGCGUAUUUUGCCUUUUCCCGAUGUUUGCAGAAUAAUGCCUGUCAAAGAAUAUGACAAAAUUGAAAGCACAAAGGAUAUGUUACGAUACUACCAUGACGCUGGAAAAGUCCUUUAUUUCAAUGAGAAUGGGCUUAAUGAAUAUGUUAUUAUCUAUGUUCAGUGGUUUGUGGAUGCCUUUAAAAUCAUCAUCACAGAUGCAAAUCACGUGAAAGGGAUUGAUGCUUUUAAACUCGAAUGGGAUGAAUUUUACUCUACUGGCAAUAUGAAAUCUAAUAUACAAAGCCGAAUUUGGAAAAAAGAAGAUGAAAAAUUGUUAAAUCGAUUAAGGAUUGAAAACAAGGUACAAAUUGAAAAGGACGGUCCUCGAUUUCUAUCAUAUCAUAAAAACGUUCUGUUGUCAUAUAUGCAGAGGCUGGGUUUAAUAUCAGUUGGUGGAGGUUCUCAUUAUGUGCCUUGCAUGAACAAAAGGGGAUUGGUGACCAACAGAAGAGUAUUAUUAAAAACUCGGCUUUCCGGUCUUCUGUAUUGGUGUUUUUGUUUGACUUUCUACCCUACUUUCUUUUCUACAGGCUUGUUGUGAAAUUAAUGUCUUCCGAAAAAAUUGCUGUUCUUAAAAACAAUAACAUAAGUUGCUUGUACAAAAGUGCAGCUCUGUUUUGUUAUAAAAAUGUUAAUAUCACUGUAGCUGUAACAUCAACUACGAUUCAACUUCAAAUUUUUAAUCCG